AUGGAGACGAAGAAGAGCGCCCUGUUGGUCCUGCUGUGCGCGUCGUCGCUCUUCGAGGUCCAAGCCCUGGGCAAAUAUCGAGGUCUGGAGUUCAUCGAGCCCUGCUCCAGGUUGGAUCCUAACCUGGAGGCCUGCCUGGCGAGGUCGGCCAACGUCCUGACGGAGCACUUCCGCCAUGGACUGCCCCAGCUGGGAUUUUCGGAGGUGGAGCCGAUAAUCAUCGAUGACGUGCACAUCGCCCUCGGGGAAGGGCCCGAUGGCUACAGGGCGCUCUUCAAGAACGUCGCCGCCAGGGGAGUUUCCGCUCUCCGGAUAACCGGCCUCAGAACGAGGAUCGCGGACGACGAGGUCCAACUCCAAUUGGCUCUCAGCAUCCCGAAGAUCAGGGCUGCCGCCAGGUACCAGUCCAGUGGAAGACUCAUCCUGGUCCAGGCCAGUGGUCAUGGCGAUUACUGGGGAGAGUAUGAGGGAGUCAAGGCCAAGGUCUUCAUCAGGGCCAAGCCGUUUUUGGUACAAGGUCGGCCAUACUUGAGGUUGCAGCAACUCAAAAUGGACUUCAGUGUGCAGAACAUCCGAAUGGGCGUCGAAAAUGUCCACGAUGGGAAUACUAUUCUACAGGCCGCGUUGAAUCUCUUCAUCAACAGCAAUAGUCAAGAGUUGCUGAAGGAAAUGAAACCAGACCUGAGGAGGAAACUCGUCCAGGUGAUGACGGCGUUCGUGGAGAAGAUUUUCGCCCAAAUCCCAUACGACGCCUGGAUCUCCGACCCAUGA